UAAAUAAUUGAUUAAAACUUUAAAAUGUCGACCGUAUUUUCAUAUGUGAAAAAAUAUUAAAGAAAUCUGUACAAUUAAAUUAAAUAGAUUUUUCUAAAAAAGUAUAAUAAAACGAAAGAGUGUUGCAACAUACAUAUUUGAUGAAAAUCUAUCUUUUAAAAAGUCAGUCUUUUUUUUACGAGCAACAAUAUUUAAACUAAACUUUUUAUUAAUGUUCACUCGACCAACAUCUGAGUGAAAGCAUUUCUAAUAAAAAUUAUUGUUGUCUGUCGGAUGCAACAAUAACUGUAAUUUGAACAACUUCCAGUUGACGAUAUGGAAGACGGUUCACGUUCUUACUUGGACCGACUUAUGUACCUAGAAAGACAGGAACGUGUGUCUCAAAUGUGUCGUCUAUACAAACUACCAAUUAACUAUCGUAUAAACGACACGGCGCUUCUUGAGCAUAUCCUCGUUGAUCAUCGUAACAAAUUGUUGUACUGUUACGUGCCUAAGGUCGCAUGCACAAACUGGAAAAGAGUGUUUAUGGUACUUUCUGGUUACGCCAAACCAGCGGAGGCUUCUCGAAUACCUGCCGACCUCGUGCACAAGCCGAGUACGUUAUACCGACUCAGCAACUAUUCGGCAGACGUGGCUUCCGAAAUGCUCGGCACUUACACCAAGUUCCUGUUCGUCCGGCAUCCUUUUGAGCGACUGUUGUCUGCGUACAGGAAUAAACUGGAACAGCGACACGAAAGUUCACGGUACUUUCAGUCGAGGUUCGGCCGGCGUAUCGUCAAACGGUACCGGGUCAACGCCUCGGAACGGUCUCUUCUCAACGGCGACGACGUCACGUUUCCCGAGUUCGCCUCUUUCGUGGCAGACACUCGGGACCAUGUUUUCAACGAGCAUUGGGCGUCCAUAGACAAGUUGUGCAAACCCUGCGCUGUCAACUACGACUUCAUCGGCAAGCACGAGUCGUUGUUCUCAGAUUCAGACUACUUCCUCAAACACGUGGUCGGUGCGAUCGACGUGAAGUUUCCUAGAGGACCCGACACCAACACGUCGACUCAACUGAAAAAGUACUACAACUCAUUAGACCACAACGCCAUAGUAAAAUUAUACAACACUUUCGAAUUAGACUUCAAGUUCUUCGAUUACAACUUGCAAAACAUAAUUGGAUACGAAGUCGGAUAACAUUAAUGCCUUACAGUUUUUUUAAUCCUCAGACGUACUUUGAGAUACAUGUUACGAGUAAAUCAUAUUAAGUAGCUUUAAAUUCUCAGAGUAUAUCUUUGUCAUAACGACUGUCUUUAUUUUUUUUUCACGUUUAGCAUUAGUUAAAUCAUAAAAAAUUUUGUAAACUAUUCAUAAAAUACAAGUAAACUCUGUGAUACCAUAAAUUUGUAUAUUUUAAAUUGCGCGUAUAAAGAACCUUCAAAGUACUACGUUAAAAAAGAUAUCAAUAUGAUUGUUAAAUCCAUAUGCAAAAAUCCGACAAGUCAACUGUUUAUUGAUAAUUAAAAAACUUCUUAAAAGUUUUAUUCACUUCUAAGGACUUAAAAAUUAUACCGGUAUAAUUGUGU